GGGGGAGGUGGAGAAAGGAGAGGAGCGCAUGCGUUUGACAAUUUUCGGCCAUAUUGUUAUGACGCAUUCAAGAUCAUAGGUCUCCGCCAGUGACGAGUCUUCUCACAGUUGACGUGGCUACUACGUACCAUCCCGUUCGCCCACUCCGGACGCAGCAUAGACGGUGACGAGGAAUACGUAACUGGUGACCUUUGGGUAUGGACGGAAUGGUGGAGGAGAAUGGAACAUCUGGCGGAGCGGGAUCAGGGGAUCCACUUACGAGUGCUGGCCAAGCAACGGCGGGGUCGACUCCGCACGUCGUCGCUGUCACUAGCAUCGUGCAACUCACGCUCCCGGCGCAGGCACCUUCAGCACAGGUUCAAUCUGUGAUACAACCUAACCAACAAUCUGUUAUUCAAACUGCUUCAAAUAUACAGUCUGUCCAGUUACCAAAAGGGAAUGUUAUUCUUGUCAGCAAACCAAGUUCAGUUAUACAUACUACACAGGGAACUUUGCAGACAUUACAGAUAAAACCGGAACCAAACACAUUAAUGAGUGCUCAAGGACAGUCAUGCAGUGAUGAUAGUUGUAGUGAUGAUGAGGGUCCAAAAAGAAAAUAUCGGGAAAUGCUAACUAGGCGUCCUUCCUACAGGAAAAUUUUGAAUGAUCUCGGUGGAGCUGAAAUUGCUGACAAUCGCAUGGGAACUAAACCAGGAUGUGAGAAUGAAGUGUCGCUGUCAUCUCCUUUGUCUUUUGCACCAGUUAUUCCAGCGGGAGCAUUACAAACAGAGGGUGGCCUUCAUACCCUGGCUGUGUCAGGAGCGGCCAGUGGAGGUGCGAUUGUCCAGUAUGCUACAAAUCAAGAUGCACAAUUUUACGUGCCGGGUCCUAUGUUAGAAGAUCAAACUCGUAAACGGGAAUUACGAUUGUUGAAAAAUAGAGAAGCAGCGCGUGAAUGUCGUCGUAAGAAAAAAGAAUACAUCAAAUGUCUCGAGAAUAGAGUAGCCGUACUUGAAAAUCAAAAUAAGGCAUUAAUAGAGGAACUUAAAUCUCUGAAAGAGCUGUAUUGUCAACAAAAAACGGAAUGAGGCCCAGCCGGCUAACCGGGUGUGCCAGUGCCCCUCCGGUGAGAACCUUGGAAGCAAGCAUGCGACAACUUUGUGCUCACGAUCUACCUUCGGAAUAAUUCUGUAGGUACGCUCGAUUCUCUAUUGAUCAUCACUUCAAACUGAGGUGCUCUUAGUUUGAGAUUGACAUAGUCUAAGACUUCUACAUGAGAUCAAUUAAAACUGGGUUAUCGUAAAGUAUUGUUAGUUUAUUUGGUAAAACGUUACAUUGUUAAUAAUGUUUUUUUAUAAUUUUCUGUUAUUGUUUUAAAAACAGUUUGAUUUUUUAUAUACAGAAUUUAAAUAUAGAUAAUUGUACCUCUUUACAAUGAAAUCUUUUGAAAUGCUUGAAGUAGUAUGACUAUAUGGGUUAUAUAGGACUUACGUGUACCAUUCCAAAAUAAUUUGUCCUACUCCUUAAAGCAGUGUUUUAAGCUAUUCGAGUCCGACCUGCGUGCCAUUUUCUGGAUUGGUAAUCUAAUAGAUGCACAGAUUUUUUUCUUAUGUGAUUCUCACUUGUGUUUUCAAUUAUUUUUCUCAGUAAUAUUAUUGUAAAUAAUUUAAUUGUCUUUCCAAGAUAUUGUUCUAUUCAUUCACUUAUUUUUAUAAACCUAAAUGUUUGGGAGUUAAUAAAAUUGACGUCAUUUGUCUGUGAUGAAUGAUAUUGAAAAUGACCUUUAUUUAUACAGUUUAUUUACAGUGAAUGCAUUGUUAGUUAAUUUGGGACACCGACAGCAGGGUGUUAUUAAUGGAUAAGCCAAAGUUAAUAUUUAGUUGUUUUGUGCAAUAGAUUUAUUGCAAUGUACAGUUAAACUAUGUUUGUCUGUCUUAAAUGUAAUAGAAUGAAAUAAUAUGUAUAUGUACUGUAUAUAGUAAAAGAUAGUAUUGUAAAGAAUGUAUGUAUAAAAAGAUUCAAUGUAUAUAUUAAAUUUAUGGGAAAAAAAAGUAUGGUUGAUGUUGCAUAUCACCCUUGAGAAAUUUCAUUUUUACAACACUAUUGUGAUAAUAAUUGGGACAUGAAAAUUAUGUUUAAAGUAACAAAUUCUUUAGUGAACCGAAACAUCAGAUAUGAUUUUUAAUUUUUGAAAUGGGUAAUUUUAGUCAACUACCAGAAUAUAUGUAAGUUUUACAAUAUUUAUUUUGCCAUGACUGAAGUGAAUAAUAUCGCAUGUAAAUGUUUCCUUUCUUUCCCUAGUCACUACGGCGUGCCUCAAUGAAUAGUGUUAUGGGAAUCGCUCAAUCAAAAGCACCUGUGCGAGAUAUGUCAAACGUGUCCAUGUUUAUAAAGUUUCGGAAUUAAAGCAAGUCCUUCAGGCGUCGUCCGUUAAUUAUGCACUCAUUUCCGUAAUACGAAAGAUUCUUAUAGCGACUACUAAUCAAGCUUUGCGGGUUUUUGUGAUCUUAUCAAAGAAUUAUCAAGACCCCUUGCGUCCUCCUUGUAAGGAAAAAUAGAUUCCACUAAAUCAAUGUAUUAAAUCUAUAGCAUCUUGUUUACUCGAUAACAAAACAAGUGGAUGUUUGGACUACUUAUGUCGGAAUAAACAUAUAAUGAAUUAUUGUUUAUUGACUUUAGUUUGUAAGUGAUUUACAAUUAGGUUUAGUUAGUUUCUGUGAAAGGUCUGCUUUUUCUAUUUAAUAGUGGCGCCUUUUUUGUUUCUCUUUUGUAGUGUGAAAAUAAAAUAAUCUCAUGGGAACAAAAUGACGCUACUUAUUGAACCACAGAGUGAUGUCUAGGGAGCGAAGGGAGAAUUUUAUACCUUGAGUAUAUUUUUUUAAUUUAAAGUAGCCUGACAUUUAAAUCACUCAUGGCAAAUAUUUUUAAGGAUUAUUGAUAGACAUUGUCGAAAGUGCCUUUAAAAUUAGAAUGAAUAAAGUUUAUACCAAGAUAGCUUUUAUGUUAACUUAAUGCUAUUUAUAAAUAAUAAUAAUAUUAACUGUUUCAUGUAAAGUGUUGUAUUAUUUUUCUGACCACUAAACAUACCCAUACCAUUUAGUAGCCUGAUUAAAGCGG